AUGCGGAACAGGGCUAGCAACACAUUGUCCAAGGGGAAAAUCCGUCAAUCAUGGAGCAAGUACAACUUGUAUAACCUACAGCGAUUCCGUUCCCCGGGUACAGCACACCGCACAUUCUUCCAGCAAAAAUGGACCGCCAAGGCUCUUUCUCGUGCCUACCACGGUGAACAAGUCCGCGAGGGUCAAUGGAAGCGCAUGUUCUCCAAGCGCAUCCGUAGCGUGGUUCCUAUGAACACCGCCGAUCUCGCCGCAGAUGAUGGAUCCUCGAUGGCUGCUGGUCGUGGUUCUGGUUUGAAUAACGACGUCAAGUCCCCCUCUAUGCCUCGUCUGGUUCCGUAUACCAACAUGGCGUUCGCUCCCCUGGAGCGUCGUCUGGAUGUUGCUAUUUUCCGUUCUCUAUUUGCUAGCAGUGCUCGACAAGCCAGACAAUUCGUUAUCCACGGUGCUGUCACUGUCAAUGGACAGAAGAUGAGACACCCUAGCUACCUUCUUAACCCUGGCGAUCUCUUCCAGGUCGACCCGGACCGUGUCAUGUUCGCUACCGGCGCCCCCAAGACCAAGUUCGAGCGACGAGAGACCCGCCAAUUGAAGUCAAAGGCCGCCGUCGAGGCCGAGGAGGCAGAGGCCGAGGCUGAUGCCGAAGUCGAGAAGUCGGAAUCCGCGGAGAAGAAGGAGAACACCAAGGAGACUCUUAAGGCUUUGUUGGCACAGGCCAAGACCGUCAUGUCAAAGGACAAGGAUGUUCUUGCUGCCAAGCGCAAGCAGGAGCUGCGCGGUUUCCAGAAGGCUGUGCGCCGUGUUCUGUCCCGCUCUUCAACCAGCACCAUCCUCACAGACAGCUUGGAGGCACAGUUCUCCGAACUGACACUGAUGUUGAAUGCUAAGCAGGCAGAGAAGAAGCCCAAGGAGAAUAAGAAGAAGUCUAAGGAGCAGACCGAGGUGUCAGAGGAGUCAGAGGUCGCCGCGGCUUCCGAGGAAUCGGAAGUGCAGGCUAGUGACAAGCUCUCUGAGGCUUUCCAGAAUGCCUCAGAGGGUAAGGACGUCGACACAUCCGAGCUCAGCGAUGAGGAAUUCGACACUCUUCGCCGUGCUCUUACCCAGAUGCGUGACAACCCCAUUGAUAGCUCCAAGCCCUACGCUACCCCCUGGCGACCACGCGAUUACAUGUCCGCCUUUGCCUUCAUCCCUCGCUACCUCGAAGUUAACCAGAACAUCUGCGCCGCUGUUUACCUGCGUCACCCUGUCGCCCGUCCUGGAUCCGCUGAAGUCCCCACUCCUUUCGGCGAGACGAUUGCCACUCCGGCCUAUGGCUGGUACCUGAGGAGACGUUGGUAG